AUGAUCGAAUCAGAUGUGAUAAAAAAUAAACUCAAUAUUAUUGACAAAGUCAGAGCCCGUGGUGUUGGAGACCAUAUCGCCCUUCCGCAGCUGGUCGUUUGUGGGGAUCAAUCGGCUGGUAAAAGCUCCGUUCUAGAAGGCAUCACAGGAAUCCCGUUCCCUCGGAAAGACGGCUUAUGCACCAGGUUUGCAACUGAAAUAAUUCUUCGACAUGCUGUUUGUGAUCGCACUAUUACGGCGUCUGUCAUACCACACGCUUCACGAGAUCCGGAAAAGGUAGGGGUUUUCCGUCAGUACUCUCGUUCGCUCUCUAGCUACGACGAGUUACCAGUGGUUAUUGAAGAAGUUUCGCGGCUUUUUGGGCUGAAGGGAUAUUCUGAAAAUGAUAAUGCCCCAGCAUUCGCAGCCGAUGUAUUACGAAUUGAAGUGAUUGGUGAUACUGGUCUUCAUCUAACUAUUGUGGAUCUCCCGGGUCUUAUUGCUGUAUCGGAAGAUGAAGACAAUAUUGAUAUGGUCGGAAAAUUGGUGGAUUCUUACCUGGAAAAUUCACGUACAAUUAUCCUCGCCGUUCUGCCAGCGCCUAGUGAUAUCGAAACACAAAAGAUCAUUCAACGUGCACGGCAUUUCGACAAACCUGGAGAGAGGACUGUGGGAAUUCUUACCAAGCCUGACCUUAUUAACAAGAAUACAGAGGGGAAAGUUGUUCAACUGCUGCGAAAUGACGGCCCGACCAAGCUAAAGCUUGGUUUUUAUCUGCUGAAAAAUCCUGACCCGGAUGGACUGAAGCGAGGAAUCACUAUAGACGAACGGAAAUCAAAAGAGCUACAGUGGUUUCAGGCUCAGAAGUGGUCUAAACAUAGGCCUGAUUACAGUCGAAUUGGAGUGGAUGCCCUAAGAGCAUCUCUUCAAACCCUCCUGGAAGGACAUAUCGAAAGGGAAUUACCCAAGGUACAGGCGGAUGUAUUCGAAUUGCUGAACAAGGCCGAAAAGGAUCUCGAAGCGCUAGGUGAGGAAAGGAAGACAGUCCUUGAGCUACGACUAUUUAUCUCAAAACUUGGCAGCACCUUUUCAAACCUGGUGGCCUCAGCUACCGAUGGAACAUAUCAGGGGACUGUGCCAGAAUUCUUCUCCGAAGCAAGGGAGCGGCUUUUGCACAACAGGUUACGAGCGCGUAUUCAUCUCUUAAAUGAGGAGUUUGCGGGAUACAUGCGACAAUAUUCUUCUAAAAGACGACUUAAUCAGCGCCCCAAUGACGAAAGACUGCUGGAUAUUAAACGCCAUCUUGUUUUAAGUAUGCCGCUGGAUACUAAGACGUAUGCGCAAUUACUAGCACUGGAUGAACCUGAAAUCGUAUCAACUGGCGAGUUUCAUGCUCAUGUAAAGAUGACAUACCAAAAUACCCGGGGGCUUGAGCUUCCAGGUAAUUGCAACCAUACUCUUCUUAUGGAGCUUUUCCACGAGCAAUCAAACCACUGGCCUGUCGUGGCAAAAAGACACACUCAGUCGGUUCACAAUCUCGUACGGGACUUCGUGGACAGAGUUUUGAAACAGGUUGUUAGUGAAGAACACGUACGCUUGGAACUUCAUCGCGUUAUCAAUUCAAGGCUAAGGGUAAAUUUGGACGAUGCGCUAGAUGAGCUUGAGAAGAUUUGCCGAGACGAGAAGUUUCAGCCGAUAACAUACAACCAUUAUUUCACUGACAAUAUUCAAAAGAUCAGAAACCAGGGGCUAAAAGAGGCGGUUGCAGAAGCGUUUGAUGAAAUAAAGUGGACACCUACCUACACCCACAUCGACAAGGCAAAAGUAUUGAACGAGGUGCAAAACGCCAUUAUUGUUGAUAUGAACGAGCAAACAUGUCAGGAAGCCACGGCAGCGCUCGAUGCCUAUUGCAAGGUCGCGAUGAAGACUUUUGUCGAUAAUGUUUGCCGCCAGGUGAUCGAGAGACACAUCGUUUCCAAGCUGCCCAAUGUGUUCAAUCCCACGACCGUGCUCUCGUUAACCGACAAAGAGCUCCAGAAGAUCGCAGCGGAGCCGGGAUCGAAGACUGAGCGGAGAAAGGAGCUUACCCAUUUGGUCAGCAUGCUGAAGGAGUCUCUGGACGACUUGCAGUGCUAG